AAACCCCCGUCGAAUCACAUCUCUGCAAUCCGAUCCCGACGUUGAAAUUCUCCAAGAAAAACCUCUCGACAAAUCGACCCAGGAAGAUGCCCGCGAGAUGAUCCACCCCAGAUCGCUCCUCGAGCUCUUCGCCGCCUCCCGGAGCCCCGCCCACCGCCGCUCCUUCUGCAACCCGACGGCCGCCGCCGCCGCCGCCGCAGCCGAGCCCCGGACCCAGAAGCUCGAGCGCAUCGCCGACGAGCUCCUCAGCCUCAACAAGCUCGAGAGAUACGACUACUCCAUCCUCUUCCGCCUCAAGAUGGGCCUCCACCGGUACGGCCCCGCGAUCACCGGAGUCGGGUCGGCGGGGGCCGGGGCGGACGCGAAGGGGGCGGGCGCGGGCGCCGCGGCGGCGGCGGCGGCGGAGAAGACGGUGUUCGACAUCAAGUUGGAGAAGUUCGAGGCGGCGGCGAAGAUAAAGAUCAUCAAGGAGGUGAGGGGGUUCACGGAUUUGGGGCUGAAGGAGGCCAAGGACUUGGUGGAGAAGGCGCCGGCGGUUUUGAAGAAGGUUACGAAGGAGGAGGCGGCGCCGAUCGUGGAGAAGCUCAAGGAAUUGGGCGCUACCGUGGUGUUGGAAUGAAAUUAGGUCCCCCUUUUUCACAUUUCACCUUUUAUUCUUUCCGGUCGAGGUGAUGUUGUAAUUUGGAAUGACAUUUUAGUUGAGCAGUGGCAAAUGAAUCGAAUUUUUGAUGAUAUGCACGAAUUUUGUUACUGUGAA